CCGUACCCCUGGUAAUUGCCAGAACUCUGCUAAUGAAGUGGAUCUUCUGGGUCCAAACCAGAAUGGUUCUGAGGGCUUAGCCCAGCUGACCAGCACCAAUGGUGCCAAGCCUGUGGAGGAUUUCUCUAACAUGGAGUCCCAGAGUGUCCCCUUGGACCCCAUGGAACAUGUGGGCAUGGAGCCUCUGCAGUUUGAUUAUUCAGGCACGCAGGUACCUGUGGACUCAGCAGCAGCAACUGUGGGACUUUUUGACUACAAUUCUCAACAACAGCUAUUCCAAAGACCCAAUGCCCUUGCUGUUCAGCAGUUGACAGCUGCCCAACAGCAGCAGUAUGCACUUGCAGCAGCCCACCAGCCUCACAUUG